GACUAGUACUGUACAUUCCGAAGCUUAUUCAAAUGUAAAUGUUCUGACUUACAAAAAACAUUUGACCACUGCUAUGUUUUUUUCUGGAAUUAAUUUAAGUAUGUGUCGGGCUUUUUGUGUGAGCGAGGUUUGAAAGUACUGAACUUUCAACAGGGCAUUACAUUACACAGCAGUGUAUCCUGGAUGAGGGUGUUAAUAACAAAACUGCAGUCCCACUGUGUGUGCUGAGUCAUCCAGUAUUUUGCUGUGGAGUGUUUGUUUGUUAUCUUUUCCCAUUUCUUUGUUAUGUUUCUGUCUUAAUUCGAAGCAAGGUCAUUGAUGGAGAAUGGUUGCAAGUGCUGUCCUCCAUGUAUUGAUAUAAUAAUAUUCGCCCUCGAUUACAUUUGUUCUGAUUAGAUUUGGCCUCAUGGAUACUUUCUGGAUUUCAAUUGGUGGCUUCCUCUCUGGGAAAUCUACUUUGUGAAUUUAACAGUAACAAACAGGACCCUCUUUUUGAGGUGUGCAGUGAGUUAAAAGUAUGUUCCUGAAUUAAGUUUUGUACAUUAGGGGAUUUUUAGCGACAUUUUUAGCUUCCCGAAAUCUCAUGAAACUAUAUCCUCCACCUUCACAUGACUGGUGCCUCCCCUUGCAGUUUUCCAAAGCUCAGAGGGGAACUAACUCUGAGAAGUAAACAUGUUUAUGUUUAUUUUCUCCCCCAUCCACAGAUUUGCCAUAGUAAAUACUACAGUAUUAGUAAGUUUAACUGUUUUAUUUUUAUGUAACCUUUAUUUAACUAGGCAAGUCAGUUAAGAACAAAUUCUUAUUUACAAUGACGGCCUACUGGGGAAGCUAACUCCGUUUGAAACAGGACUGAGUAAUACCUUACUUUAUAUCGUUCUUAUUACCAUUUAAUCACAGGGACAUUGCACUCCAAUGUUUUCAGACAUCCACAAUUAGUCUAAUGUCAAAAUAAGUUGAAUUAUCUCAAGCGACUUACAGUCAUUUACUUUUGGUAAAAAGGUGCUAAAAAAGCUUGACAUAUGCCAGAAAUUCAAAAUGAAUGGAAAAGAUAAGCACUGCCAGUCUAGAGAUUACAUUGCCUAUUUUUUCCUUCCUUUUGGAUUUUGGCAACGGACACGUUUUGAUUUUGGAAGCAGAAGCCUAACCCUAAUUUUAUCUGCUAUCUCUGAAUCAACGUACAGUAUUUACUAACAGUGGCCAUGGGGAUUCACCUAAAGGGAAGGUUUUAGGAAGUGAAAGAGUAUGGUUCUUGAAAUGAAUGCAGUAAAGGGGUCUAUAUAGGUAUGCUAAUACAGGACUAGUAAAGGCCCAGUGCCCUAUUGGAAUCGAUCCCACAACCUUAGAAUUGCAUGCCGCUGCUCCACCAACUGAGCCACAUCAUCACAAACCACUUUAUGUCUCAAUGUACUCAAUUACUGAAUUACUGUAUUGUGCAUUGUUUUUCUUCAUGGCGCUGGAAAGUCUACAGGUACAAACCUAGAUGACCAGCCUAUGUACAACACAGUAAUGUACAUUUACAUUAAGUGGUUUGUAUGGAUGGUCAAUUAAUACUGCACAAAAGUGGUUGUUUUCCAUGUUAUUAAAUCAAGAAAAAUACUUAAUUUGAUGUGGAUGUUUUGUGUCUUUGCCCAUAACAUGGCACCUUUUGAUGUACACUACCGUUCAAAAGUUUGGGGUCACUUAGAAAUGUCCUUGUUUUUGAAAGAAAAUCACAUUUUUGUCCAUUAAAAUAACAUCAAAUUGAUCAGAAAUACAGUGUAGACAUUGUUAAUGUUGUAAAUGACUAUUGUAGCUGGAAACGGCUGAUUUUUAAUGGAAUAUCUACAUACAGUGGUUUCUCCUUUAAAAGUUGCAUCAUACAGCGCCACUUUAACCUAACUCCAUAAACCUUACCUUAAUUAACCCUAACCUUAACCCUAACCUUAGCCCAGCCAAUGUUAGUCACCUAGCUAACGUUGGCGUUAGUCACCUAGCUUCCUUGCGAACGUUAUCCAAAACAAAUUGGAAUUCGUAACAUAUAAUACGUUUAGCAAAUUGUUAAAAUAAUUGUAUUUUUUGAAACUGCAUUGUUGGUUAGAGGCUCGUAAAUAAGCAUUUCACUGUAAGGUCUACACCUUUUGUAUGAAUUGCAAUUCGUAACAUAUUGUAUGAAUUGCAAUUCGUAACAUAUCAAAGGAAUUGUAAUCCAUAACAUAUCAUAUACAAAAUGGAUGAAGAACAGCUAAAACUUAAUACAUACCGUAACAUAUCAUACUAAUUGGCAGGUCCGGAUUUACAUCUACUAUGUUACGUCUACCCCUGAGUCCAGGUUGGCAACUGUCCUGCUGAGUUCAAAACGGAAGUUUCCCAGCUGUUUAAAAGGGUGGUUUUGAAACAUAGCUUUAGUUUCCUCAGUGUUGUUUCACAGUUGAAAAGUUCUAACUCUGAGACUUGAUCAUGUAUGUGCUGAAUUGCUUCUCCAUCCACCUGCUGCUCCUCUUCUCCUCUCUGUCUGAAGUGGUUCAUUCCUCAGAUGAAGAUUUUGCACACGAUGAUGCAUGGUGUAGGUUUAGCUCCAGAGAUUUACAUGAUAUGGAGUAUAUUUUAGAGCAUCAUUUUAACAAGAUCAUGGUGGCUCAGUACAACAGCACCACAGAGAGGUGGACAGGAUACACAGCAUUGGGAGUGAUAUCUGCAGAGAAGUGGAAUGAGGACCCAGAUGAGAUCCCCAGGAGGAGAGCAGAUAUGGAUGUGUUAUGCAAGCCAUACGCUUCUCGGAUCGACAACACAGUAGAGAUGUUUAUGGUUGAGCCCAACGUCACACUGAGGCUAGAGGGGCCAUCCAGUGACUCCAGCCUUGUGUGUAGCGUCCACUUCUUCUACCCCAAACACAUCAGAGUGACGUGGCUGAGGAACGGGGAGGAAGUGACCUCAGAUGUGACCUCCACUGACAUACUGGCCAAUGGACUCUGGAGCUACCAGAUACAGUCCUAUUUGAAGUACACACCCACAACUGGAGAGAGAAUCAUCUGUAUGGUGGAGCACAUCAGCCAGACUGAGCCCAAACUUUAUCACUGGGACCCCUCCUUGCCUAAGUCUGAGAAGAACAAGAUAGUGAUCGGUGUCUGUGGGCUGCUGCUGGGGGUGGUCUUUGUAGUAGCUGGACUGAUCUACUGGAAGAAAUCUACUGGACGGCUGUCGGGUCUUAUUGGUGAAUUUGAUUAUGGGACUUGUGAUUGAGGCCGUGUGGACGAAGGCUAGCUGAUCAAAUCCCUGUCGUUAACUGAUAGUAGCUGAUAUAGUUUGCUUUUUAGCUGCUGUUGCCUCUAGCAGCUAUUCAAAAUGCCAACAUUGCACCAACCAUGGCCUGCUUGCCAACAGUUAACCAACUACACUCUGGAAAAAAGGGUGAUUUGUGGAGGGGAAGGGGUUCUACCUAGAACCCUUCUCAUCCAAAGAACCCCUUUUUGAAAGCCCACUGGGAACAGACGUCAGUUCAAUGUCUAGUUAGUUGUCAACGAACGUGAAUUCAACGUGAAAUCAAUAAAAUGCCACCAUGUCAUUGCAUUUAGGCAAAAAGUUCGGUGAAAAAAAUAUGAAAUGCCCUUAAGUUGAUGACUUUGCAAAUUCAAUCAGUUUUCCACAUUGAUUCACAUAUAUAUUGUUUUAGUUGAAAUGAAGUGGAAACAACGUUGACCAGUAUUUGCCCAGUGGGAGGUUCUACAUGGAACCUUUUCCAUCAGAAUUUCACAUCAGAAAUCAUUUCUGUUUAGCAAAAGCCCUUGUUGAUAUUACAGUUUAAUUUCAAGACAUUAGCUUGCCUAGGAAUUUGUGGAGGAGUAGCCUUCACUGUCAUUUGUGCAAAUGUAUUCUAUUGUGUUUCUAUUCAAGGAUCCUAUUCAUCAUCGAAUCUAAAUCCAGUUAAUGUGUCUUUAUUCACCAGCCCAACCUUUACCUGUGUUUUAAUGUAGACUGAGUUGUCCCUUUAAUGUCCCUUUAAUUGUGAACUGAUCCAUUGCACUGACUGUUAAUUAGUUGAUUGCUCACACCUGUGGCCUCCUGCCUCAAGGGCUCAGUUUUUUCAAAUGGAGGAUUCUGUUGAGUGUGUGGAAGGUACUGCGGAGAUGUCUGCAAGUUGUUCAUAAAAAUAAGCUAUAAGCAAGAUCACCAUCUCUGUCUCUCCGAUGUGAGAGGGCAUCGGUCUACCAUCUCACAAAAUUGUUAGUAUGUACUGUACAUCUUAUAUAAAAUGCCAGGCUACACGUGCCUGAAUUGCUUACCCAUAUGGAAAAAUAUUAUAGGAAUCUUAUGAGGUCCUUUGUAUGUUGAAGAAAAUAUGAAUAAUAUUUUUAUAUAUGUCAGUCUAUACUCUUAUAAAAAAAAUGUUUUUGGGGGUUCUAUAUAGAACCUUUUGGUUCUUUGUUUAAAAAGUAAUGGUAAAUAUGAAAAUAAAAGCUUCCAAAUUAAAUGAAAAUAUGAAUAAUACUCCCACCUCUCUGUUAUGGUUAAACCAUUUAUUUCUAGGUGGCUGCACAAGCUGUAUCUCUGUCCAUGGCACUGUCCACUCAGUAGUGCUGAAUUCCGGCCUCAGCUGAGCUCUUUUAAAUGCAUACAUUUUCCUUUGUACUUUCUCAUUUUCGUCAUUUGUUUGCCAUGCACCCUUGAUAAAAAUAGACUAUGCCUUUGCUCCAAUGCAUUGAUUUAUCGUGCUUCUACACCUGCAUUGCUUGCUGUUUGGAGUUUUAGGCUGGGUUUCUGUACAGCACUUUGUGACAUCAGCUGAUGUAGGAAGGUCUUUAAAUUUGAUUGAUUGAUCGUU